UCGCGGUCCGGGUCGCCGCCCUCCGCCGCGCCCGACGGUUCCGGCUCCGCUGCCGCCGCCUCCCGGGGGUCCCCCACCAUGGUGCUGGAGUCGGUGGUCGCCGACCUGCUCAACCGCUUCCUGGGGGACUACGUGGAGAACCUGAACAAGUCGCAGCUGAAGCUGGGGAUCUGGGGCGGAAAUGUGGCUUUAGAUAAUCUGCAGAUAAAAGAAAACGCUCUGAGUGAAUUGGAUGUUCCUUUUAAAGUCAAGGCUGGCCAAAUUGAUAAGUUAACGCUGAAGAUUCCUUGGAAGAACCUCUAUGGAGAAGCCGUUGUUGCCACUCUGGAGGGUUUAUACCUGCUUGUUGUCCCUGGAGCAAGUAUUAAAUAUGAUCCUGAGAAAGAAGAAAAAUCCUUGCAAGACAUUAAGCAAAAAGAGUUAUCCCGAAUUGAAGAAGCCCUUCAAAAAGCAGCAGAGAAAGGCGCACAGUCAGGGGAGUUCAUAUACGGCUUGGAGAGCUUUGUUUACAAGGACGUUAAGCCUGGACGUAAACGUAAAAAGCACAAAAAACAUUUUAAGAAACGUUUUAAAGGCUCAAAAGAUAAACCAAAAGAAGCCAAAAAGGAUACAUUUUUGGAAAAAUUGGCAACUCAAGUAAUUAAAAAUGUACAAGUAAAGAUCACAGAUAUUCACAUUAAAUAUGAAGAUGAUGUCACCGACCCACAGCGACCUCUUUCAUUUGGUGUCACAUUGAGAGAGUUUAGUCUUUUGACUACAAAUGAACAUUGGACCCCAUGUAUAUUAAAUGAAACAGAAAAAAUUAUAUACAAGCUCAUACGACUUGAUAGUCUUAGUGCCUACUGGAAUGUGAAUUGCUGCAUGUCCUACGAGGGAUCCAGGGAGCAGAUUUUGGAUCAGCUGAAAAGUGAAAUUCUUAAGAGUUGUAGUGUAUCUCCAGAUCAUCAAUAUAUUUUUCAGCCAAUAUCAGCCUCUGCAAAACUCUUCAUGAAUCCUUAUGCGGAAACAGAGCUCAGAACACCCAAGCUUGAUGGGAACAUAGAAGUGCAGAACAUUGCUAUCGAGCUCACCAAGCCGCAGUACUUAAGUAUGAUCGAUCUUUUGGAGUCAGUGGAUUAUAUGGUUAGAAACGCCCCUUAUAGAAAAUACAAGCCUUAUUUACCGCUUCACAACAAUGGUCGACAGUGGUGGAAAUAUGCCAUUGAUUCUGUUCUUGAAGUUCAUAUAAGAAGAUAUACACGGAUGUGGUCGUGGAGUAAUAUAAAAAAACACAGACAGUUGCUCAAGAAUUAUAAAAAUACCUACAAAAACAAGCUGACUCAGACAAAGAUUUCAGAAGAAACUCAGAAACAAAUUCAGGAUUUGGAGAAGAAUCUAGAUGUUUUUAACAUAAUUUUAGCCAGGCAACAAGCACAAGUGGAGGUGAUUCGAUCUGGGCAAAAAUUACGGAAAAAGUCAACUGACACAAGUGAGAAACGUGGCUGGUUUAGUGGAUUUUGGGGCAAGAAGGAAUCCAAGAAAAAAGAUGAAGACUCUCUGAUACCUGAAACUAUUGAUGACCUUAUGACUUCAGAGGAGAAAGAUAAGCUCUUCACAGCUAUUGGCUAUAGUGAGAGUACCCAUAAUCUGACUUUACCCAAGGAGUAUGUUGCUCAUAUAAUGACAUUGAAGUUAUUAAGUACCUCUGUUACGAUAAGAGAAAACAAAAAUAUUCCAGAAAUCCUGAAAGUUCAGAUCAUUGGCCUGGGCACUCAGGUAUCUCAGCGACCAGGAGCACAAGCCCUUAGGGUAGAAGCAAAGUUAGAGCACUGGUACAUAACAGGCCUGAAGCAGCAGGGUAUUGUACCAUCACUUGUGGCUUCAAUUGGUGACCGUGCAUCAUCACUGCUGAAAAUUGAAUUUGAAACCAGCCCAGAGAACAGCACGGCUGACCAGUCUCUGGUGGUUGAGUCGCAGCCUGUGGAGGUCAUUUAUGAUGCUAAAACCAUCAAUGCAGUGGUUGAAUUCUUUCGGUCGAAUAAGGGAUUGGAUCUUGAACAGAUAACAUCAGCUACGUUAAUGAAGCUGGAAGAAAUUAAAGAGAAGACUGCGACAGGGCUUACACAUAUGAUUGAAACUCGAAAAGUCCUUGAUUUAAGAAUAAAUUUAAAGCCUUCUUAUCUAAUAGUCCCAAAGACAGGUUUUCACCAGGACAAAUCUGAUCUUCUCAUUUUGAAUUUUGGUACAUUUCGGCUCAACAGUAAAGAUCAGAACUUGCAGAAUACUGGUAAUUCAUCUCUUGAAGAACUAAUGGAUAAGGCAUAUGAUAAGUUUGAUGUAGAAAUAAAAAGUGUGCAACUCCUCUUUGCGAGAGCAGAGGAAGAUUGGAAAAAGUGUCGAUUUCAGCAUCCAUCAACUAUGCAUAUAUUGCAGCCCAUGGAUAUUCAUGUUGAGCUGGCUAAGGCAAUGGUAGAGAAAGAUACCAGAAUGGCCAGAUUCAAAGUCUCAGGAGGACUUCCUUUGAUGCACGUGAGAAUUUCUGAUCAGAAGAUGAAAGAUGUGCUAUGUUUGAUAAACAGUAUUCCCUUGCCACAGAAAUCAUCUGAAAAGUCUCCAGAGAGGCAGGUUGCCACAAUUCCUGUUAUUUCCAGUAACACAAAAGGCCUGCUGGGUACUUCCCUGUUGCUGGAUGGAAUAGAAUCGGAGUCGGAUGAUGAGUAUUUUGAUGCUGAGGAUGGAGAGACUCACGUUGGUGGAAAAAACACAAAGGGGUCAGAGCUGAAGAGAACCCCAGAGCCCCCCAGUGAGGAGCUCAUCAACCUUCUGUUAAAGUUUGAAGUUAAAGAGGUGAUUUUAGAAUUUACCAAACAACAGAAAGAAGAAGAAACAAUUCUAGUAUUUAAUGUUGCUCAGUUAGGAACAGAAGCGACUGUGAGAACAUUUGAUUUAACGGCAGUGUCUUAUUUAAAGAAAAUCAGCUUGGAUUACCAUGAAAUUCAAGGAUCCAAAAAGAAGCCUCUUCACUUGAUUAGCUCUUCUGACAAACCUGGAUUAGAUUUAUUAAAAGUGGAGUAUAUUAAGGCUGAUAAAAAUGGACCUAGUUUUCAAACUACUUUUGAAAAAACUGAGCAAACACUUAAGGUGGCUUUUUCAUCUUUAAAUUUGUUACUGCAAACACAAGCUCUUCUCUCGUCAAUUAACUACCUGACAGCCAUUGCUCCAUCACAUGCUCAAGAUGUAGGUGAUACCAAGGAAGUGCAAAUUUCGGCUGGCAAGCAACCAAAAUCUUCAACCCUGCAGAAAGUGAUUGUUUCCUCUAAAGAUAGUGACAUUAUUGACUUCAAGCUCUUUGCCAAAUUGAAUGCUUUCUCUGUCUUUGUUUGUGAUGAGAAGAACAAUAUUGCUGAAAUCAAGAUUCAAGGCCUUGAUUCCUCUCUUUCUCUUCAGUCAAAGAAACAAUCCCUUUUUGCCAGACUGGAGAAUAUUAUUGUCACAGAUGUUGAUCCUAAGACAAUUCAUAAAAAGGCGGUGUCAAUAAUGGGGAACGAAGUGUUUCGCUUUCACCUGGAAUUGUAUCCGGACGCCACCGAGGGGGCUUCCUACACGGACAUGUCCAAAGUGGACUGCAUGGUGUCCCUGCAAGUCGGUUGCAUUCAGAUCGUCUACCUCCAGAAAUUCCUCCACUCACUUCUGAACUUCCUGAACAACUUCCAGACGGCCAAAGCGGCAGUGGGCGCCGCCACUGCGCAGGCAGCUGAGCGAGCCGCCAGCAGCGUGCGUGGCCUGGCCCAGAGGAGCUUCCGCGCGGCCAUCGCCGUGGACCUCAAGGCGCCCGUCCUGGUCAUCCCGCAGUCGUCCGUCUCCACGGACGCAGUCGUGGUCGACCUUGGCCUGAUCCGGGUUAAGAACUGCUUCCAGCUCGUGCCCGGGGAAGGUGAGGAGAACCCGCCCGUGAUUGACAGGAUGGAUGUGCAGCUGACCGAGCUCACGCUCUCCAGGACGGUAAUUCAGCCGGGUGUCUCCCAGCCUGACAUUCAGCUAUUGCAGCCAAUUAACUUGGAGUUUUCUGUAAAUCGAAAUCUAGCUGCUUCAUGGUACCACAAAGUCCCUGUUGUGGAGAUUAAGGGACAUCUUGAGUCAAUGAAUGUUAUUCUAAAUCAAGAAGAUCUUAAUCUUUUAUUUAAAAUACUAGCAGAAAAUCUUGGUGAGGCUACUGAAGAUACAAAUAAAGCAAAGCCAGGGCUACAGAAGACAGGUCAAACUAAAGAGCUCCUUGAAAUAUCUGCAUUACAAGAUGUACAUGCUUCACAAGAUACAUUAACAGAUGGAGUGGAAGAAGUUAGAUCUGUAGACAUCAUUAAUAUUCUUUUGAAUUUUGAAAUCAAAGAGGUCGUACUUACUCUGAUGAAGAAAGCAGAAGGCAAAGGAAGGCCUGUGCAUGAGCUAAAUGUCCUGCAGCUUGGAAUGGAAGCUAGAGUUAAAGCCUAUGACUUGACAGCUAAUGCUUAUCUGAAAAAAGUUAGCAUGAAAUGCUUUGAGUUUACUGACUCAAAAGGAGACCCUCUUCACAUUAUUAACUCUUAUAAUGUGACUGAUGAACCCCUUCUGAAAAUGUUGUUCACCAAGGCAGACAGUGAUGGGCCAGAAUUUAAAACUGUUUAUGAAAACACCAAACAGAGACUGAAGGUUUCAUUUUCAUCAUUAGACUUAGUACUUCACUUGGAAGCGUUGUUGUCCUUCAUGGACUUUGUGUCAUUUGCCGUCCCGUCCUCCGGAUCUCCUGAGAAGGAGCCUGACCUGAAGCACCCUGUGGGCGAGUCCAGGAGUACCCUUGUCCCAGCCGCAUCUAGCAGCUCAUCUCAAGAUGAUGUGUUUGAUUUAAAAAUCAUAGCUGAAUUAAAUGCAUUCAAUGUCUUUGUCUGUGAUCAGAAAUGUAAUAUUGCUGAUAUUAAAAUACACGGUAUGGAUGCUUCGAUUUCAGUGAAGCCAAAGGAGACUGAUGUGUUUGCCAGACUUAAGGAUAUCAUAGUUAAAAAUGUUGACUUAGUGUCCAUUCACAAAAAGGCUGUCUCUAUUUUGGGAGAUGAAGUCUUCAGGUUCCAAAUGACCCUUUAUCCACAAGCCACAGAAGGAAAGGCCUAUGCUGAUAUGUCUAAAGUAGAUGGCAAGCUUAGUCUCAAAGUGGGUUGUAUUCAGAUUGUUUAUGUACAUAAAUUCUUCAUGUCUCUUUUGAACUUCCUCAACAAUUUCCAAGCUGCCAAAGAAGCUUUGAGCUCAGCCACAGCCCAGGCUGCCGAGAGAGCCGCCUCAGGCAUGAGAGACUUGGCUCAGAAGAGCUUCCGCCUCUCCAUGGACGUGGACUUGAAGGCGCCAGUGAUCAUUGUCCCUCAGUCCUCCGUGUCACCUAAUGCCAUUAUAGCAGAUCUGGGUUUGAUCAGAGUUGAGAACAAAUUUAGCUUAGUUCCUGCGGAACGUGAUUCUCUUCCACCAGUUAUUGACAAAAUGAACAUACAACUUACUCAGUUGAAGCUGUCCAGGACAAUAUUGCAGGCCACCUCGCCCCAACAUGAUGUUGAGAUUUUGAAACCAGUCAACAUGCUCUUGUCCGUACAGCGAAACUUAGCAGCAGCGUGGUAUGUGCAGAUCCCAGGGAUGGAGAUAAAGGGGAAACUACAGCCUAUGCAAGUUGCUCUCAGUGAAGAUGACCUAACAGUUUUAAUGAAAAUUUUGCUGGAAAAUCUUGGAGAAGCAUCUUCACAGCCAAGCCCCACGCAACCCACCCAUGAGGCUGGGAGAGUAAGAAAAGAUGUUCUGAGUAGAACUGAUCACCUUAGAGAACAAGAUCUGGCAGACUCACCACUCUCCAUGGUUCAGAGUGUUACUCUCCACUUUGACUUUCAUUUUGAAUCACUUUCCGUUAUCCUCUAUAAUAAUGAUAGCCACCAGGAGUCCAAACUUGCGUUUCACAAUGACAGUUUCCGAAUCGGUGAACUCAGACUACAUCUUCUGGCGUCCACGGGAACAAUGUUUAAGGAUGGUUCAGUGAGUGUCAGCUUGAAACUGAAUACCUGCACCCUGGAUGAUCUCCGAGAAGGCAUUGAGAGAGCAACAUCAAGAAUGAUUGAUAAGAAGAAUGACCAAGAUAAUAAUAAUUCCAUGAUUGAUAUAAGUUACAAGCAAGACAAAAAUGGAAGUCAUAUUGAUGCUGUUCUUGAUAAGCUGUAUGUAUGUGCGAGUGUGGAAUUUCUGAUGACCGUGGCAGAUUUCUUUAUCAAAGCUGUGCCUCAGAGUCCAGAAAACCCAACAAGGGAAGUUCAGGUUCCACUCCGACAGACUGCCACAGCAAAAAUCAAGACUGAGAAAGAUGACUCUGUCAGGCCAAAUAUGACUUUGAAGGCCAAGGUCACAGACCCAGAAGUGGUAUUUGUAGCCAAUUUGACAAAGGCUGAUGCACCUGCCCUGUCAGCUUCCUUCCAGUGCAACCUCUCUCUGUCAACAUCCAAACUCGAGCAGAUGAUGGAGGCCUCUGUGAGGGACCUUAAAGUGCUCGCCUGCCCUUUUCUCCGAGAAAAGCGAGGGAAAAGCAUUACAACAGUCUUGCAGCCCUGCUCUUUAUUUAUGGAGAAAUGUGCCUGGACUUCAGGAAAACAAAAUAUAAAUAUUAAAAUUGAAGAAUUUAUAGUUAAGAUUUCACCCAUAAUUCUUAACACCGUGAUGACAAUUAUGGCUGCUAUGACUCCAAAGACGAAAGAAGAUGAAUCCAAAGAUACAUCCAAGGAAAUGGAAAAUCUUUGGGGAAUCAAAUCUAUUAAUGAUUAUAAUUCGUGGUUUCUUGGUGUUGAUAUGGCCACAGAAAUAACUGAAAAUUUCAAGGAUGCGGAACAGAAAUUGAUAGAAGAAAAUUGUGCUUUUACUAUGGAAUCAGUUCAAGUAACCCUAGAGUGUGGCCUUGGACACAGAACAAUACCAUUGUUAUUGGCAGAGUCGAAGCUCUCAGGGACUGUUAAAAACUGGACUUCACUCAUGGCUGCUUCUGCCCACAUGACCCUGGAGGUCCAUUACUACAAUGAAGUCCAUGCUGUUUGGGAACCACUGAUUGAAAGAGUGGCGGGGAAGAGACAGUGGAAUUUAACACUUAACGUGAAAAAGAACCCAGUCCAGGACAAAGGUUUGAUGCCUGGAGAUGAUUUUAUUUAUCUUCCCGAGCCACAAACAGCAGUUCAUAUUUCUUCAGGAGAUACAAUGAAUAUAACAAUAUCCAAAAGUUGCCUUAAUGUUUUCAGCAAUUUAGCAAAAGGUUUCUCCGAGGGUACUGCCAUGACUUUUGACUACUCUUUGAAAGACAAGGCCCCAUUCACUGUACGGAACGCUUUGGGGGUUCCUGCUAAGGUCCAGCCAAAUCACAAUCUCAGGGUGAUGGGUUCUCCUGAGAAAUGUGAUCUUUAUGACGUGGAUGCUGGCCAGAACCUGGAGCUGGAAUAUGCCAGUCUAGAACCAUCCGGUCCAGGGAAGCGGUCCAUGCUGAGCCGCCAGGAAAGCACCUUCUUCACUCUGACCUUUGUGCCUCAUGGAUACACAGAAGUAGCAAAAGUCCCUGUUUCGAGACCUGGACGACAGCUGUAUAAUGUACGAAACCCCAGUGCGACCCAUUCUGACUCAGUCUUGGUGCAGGUUGAUGCAACUGAAGGGAAUAAAGUGAUUACCUUGCGUUCUCCUCUGCAGAUUAAAAACCAUUUCUCUAUUGCGUUUAAAAUUUAUAAAUAUGUAAAGACUGUUAAGCUCUUGGAGUGCAUUGGAGUCGCCAGACCUGAGGAAGAAUUCCAUGUCCCCUUAGAUUCCUAUAGGUGUCAGCUCUUCAUCCAGCCAGCUGCUGGCCUGGAGAAGCAGUACAAGGAGUCCACCACUUACAUUUCCUGGAGGGAGCAGCUGCACAGGAGCACGGAGGUCAGGUGCAUGCUCCAGUGUCCAUCUAUGACCGUCAACUACUUGCCUCUCAUAGUGAACACCGUUGCUCAGCCUGACGAGCUCAGCUACAUCUGUACACACGGGGAGGAGUGGGACCCCGCGUACGUCAUCCAUCUUCACCCUCCCCUCACUCUGCGCAAUCUCCUCCCGUACUCGCUGAGAUACUUACUGGAGGGAACAGCAGAAGCUCGUGAGCUGGCAGAAGGCAGUGUGGCUGAUGUGCUGCAUUCACGAAUCAGUGGGGAAAUAAUGGAAUUGGUUCUGAUAAAAUACCAGGGCAGGAACUGGAACGGCCAUUUCCGUGUCUGUGACUCACUACCUGAAUUCUUCCUGGUGUGUUUUUCUUCUGAUUCCACCGAAGUGAUGACCUUGGACCUGUCUGUCCACGUCCGGCGGCUGGGCAGUCGCAUGGUUCUAUCUGUUUUCAGUCCCUACUGGCUGAUCAAUAAGACGUCCCGAGUUCUCCAGUACCGCUCAGAAGAUAUUCACGUGAAGCAUCCGGCUGAUUUCCGGGACAUUAUUUUAUUUUCUUUCAAGAAGAAGAACAUUUUCAGUAAAAACAAGGUACAACUAAAAAUUUCAACUAGUUCCUGGUCCAAUAGUUUCUCCUUGGACACAGUGGGAAGUUACGGGUGUGUCAAAUGUCCUGCCAACAAUAUGGAAUUCCUGGUUGGUGUUAGUAUCAAAAUGAGCAGUUUCAAUCUUACUCGAGUAGUUACUCUGACUCCCUUCUGUACCAUUGCAAACAAAUCAUCUUUAGAACUUGAAGUAGGUGAAAUUGCAUCUGAUGGCUCCAUACCAACAAAUAAGUGGAACUACAUUGCUUCUUCAGAGUGCCUUCCAUUUUGGCCGGAAAACUUGUCAGGCAAACUUUGUGUAAGAGUGGUGGGCUGUGAAGGCUCUUCCAGACCGUUCUUUUACAACAGACAGGACAAUGGCACCUUAUUGAACCUAGAAAAUCUGAAUGGGGGUAUACUGGUGGAUGUCAACAUUGCUGAACAUUCAACUGUCAUAACCUUUUCUGACUACCACGAGGGAUCAGCGCCUGCUCUAAUAAUGAACCACACACCGUGGGACGUCCUCACCUACAAGCAGAGUGGGUCACAGGAAGAAAUGGUUUUGCUACCAAGACAAGCUCGACUUUUUGCCUGGGAAGAUCCAACUGGCACCAGAAAGCUGUCGUGGAUGUACGCGGAGAACGUCGGGGAGCAUGACCUGUUGAAGGACGAAUGUGGGCAGUUCCCGUAUGAUGCAAACAACCAAGUGCACUGGGUGUCCUUCUUGGAUGGGCGCCAAAGGGUCCUGCUGUUCACGGAUGAUGUUGCCUUGGUCUCCAAGGCCUUGCAGGCAGAAGAAAUGGAGCAGGCUGAUCACGAGCUCACCCUGUCACUCCACAGCCUUGGGCUCUCACUAGUCAACAAUGAAAAUAAGCAGGAAGUUUCGUAUAUUGGGAUAACCAGUUCUGGUGUUGUUUGGGAGAUGAAGCCAAAACAGAAAUGGAAGCCUUUUAAUCAAAAGCAGAUAAUGUUGUUGGAACAAUCUUACAAGAAAUACCAAGCAUCGAGUGGCCAGGGCUGGAUUAAAUUAGACAGUAAUUUUGAGGUCAACUUUGAUAAAGUUCCAAUGGCAAUGCGCCUUCCAAUUCAGUGCCCUAUAAGGCGGGAUUAUUUAUCAGGAAUUCAGGUUGAAUUUAAGCAGUCUCCUCACCAGAGAAGUUUAAGGGCCAGGUUGUAUUGGCUUCAGGUUGAUAAUCAGUUACCAGGUACAAUGUUUCCUGUUAUAUUCCAUCCUGUGGCCCCUCCGAAAUCAAUUGCUAUGGAUUCAGAGCCUAAACCUUUUAUUGAUGUAAGUAUCAUCACAAGAUUCAACGAGUACAGCAAAGUCCUACAGUUCAAGUAUUUUAUGGUCCUCAUUCAGGAGAUGGCCUUAAAAGUUGACCAGGCAUUUCUAGGAGCUAUUAUUGCAUUGUUUACCCCAACAACAGACCCCGAAGCUGAAAAAAAGAGGACAAAGUUAAUCCAGCAAGAUAUUGAUGCUCUAAACACAGAAUUAAUGGAAACAUCGAUGACUGAUAUGUCAAUUCUUAGUUUCUUUGAACAUUUCCAUAUUUCUCCUGUCAAGUUGCAUUUGAGUCUUUCUUUGGGUUCUGGAGGUGAAGAGUCAGACAAAGAGAAAGAAGAAAUGAUUGCAAUUCAUUCCAUCAACUUGCUAUUGAAAAGUAUAGGUGCGACUCUUACAGAUGUGGAUGACCUUAUAUUCAAACUUGCUUAUUAUGAAAUUCGCUAUCAGUUUUACAAUAGAGAUCAGCUACUGUGGAGUGUUGUAAGACAUUACAGCGAACAGUUCUUGAAACAGAUGUAUGUCCUUGUGUUGGGCUUAGAUGUGCUCGGAAACCCAUUUGGAUUAAUCAGAGGUCUGUCUGAAGGUGUCGAAGCUUUGUUCUAUGAACCCUUCCAGGGUGCUGUUCAGGGCCCUGAAGAAUUUGCUGAGGGAUUAGUGAUUGGAGUAAGAAGUCUUUUUGGACACACUGUAGGGGGCGCCGCGGGAGUUGUGUCUCGCAUCACUGGUUCUGUCGGGAAAGGACUGGCAGCAAUUACAAUGGACAAGGAAUAUCAGCAAAAGAGAAGAGAAGAGAUGGGUCGGCAGCCUAAGGAUUUCGGAGACAGCCUGGCCAGAGGAGGGAAGGGCCUCCUGCGCGGGGUUGUUGGUGGAGUGACUGGAAUAAUAACAAAGCCCGUGGAAGGUGCCAAAAAGGAAGGAGCUGCAGGAUUCUUUAAAGGGAUCGGGAAGGGACUGGUGGGCGCCGUGGCACGCCCGACCGGCGGCAUCAUAGAUAUGGCCAGCAGCACCUUCCAGGGGAUUCAGAGGGCAGCAGAAUCCACUGAGGAAGUGUCAAGCCUCCGUCCGCCUCGCCUGAUCCGUGAGGAUGGCAUCAUUCGUCCCUACGACCGGCAGGAAUCGGAGGGCUAUGACUUAUUUGAGAAUCAUGUCAAAAAGCUAGAAGGAGAGACGUAUCGAUGCCAUUGUGCUGUUGCUGGACAGAGGAAGACAGUCCUUAUGAUUACAAAUAGGCGAGUGUUAUGUGUAAAGGAAGUUGAAAUUCUGGGCCACAUGUCCGUUGACUGGCAGUGUCCAUUUGAAGAUUUUGUAUAUCCUCCAAGCGUCACUGAAAAUCUGCUAAAAUUUUCUGUUAAGGACCAGAGCCUAUUCCACAAAAAAGACAGUGCGCAUCAAUGCUGCCUCCGGAAAGUUUACCUGCAGGAUACUGCCACAGCGGAGAGAGUAUGUCGCACCAUCGAGGAUGCACAGUCCAUGAGACAGCAGCAGAGACUGAGGAAACAGUCAUCCUUGAAGCUUCACAGUCCACAAAUGCCCUUUUGAUUCCAAUGCUGGGGGUCGCCACCCGGGACAAAAGCAAGCUUUGAAUCUUUCCCAGAAUUGUUCCUCUUUCUGGCUGAAGUAAAGGUUGCAAACUGUCCUUCCAUUUUAGAUAGUUUCUUUCUUUCUGAGAAUAGCGAGUUUGGGAUUUGCAUUUUUUUCCUCAUUUGAUUUUGACUUAGUUUUCAUAGCCACCUGUAUGUUAGGAAUACAUUUCUACACUGCCAUCUUGAAUGAGUCAGACUGUCAACAAAAUAUUAUUGAAGAGUGAAAUUUUCAUUAACGUUUACGUUGUGAAGCAAAGAAUUGUAGGCUGUUUUUAGUUAAAGUCCUUGCUGAAGAAUAAGAAAGAAAAGAACUUAAAGUGACUGGUUUUUCUUUUGAGAGUUUUGGUUUUUUUUUUUAAAGCCAUGGAUGAAGGUUGGACAUUUUGUUUAAGGAUAAUUUGUUCAGUGAUUGAACUGAAAAAUAAUUUUUGUUUGAUCAGGUAAUUGAGUAAAGAAAAGCCAUUAGAGAGAAAAAUGGCACAGCUCCUGUUCCUUUUCAUCUCCCCUGUUAAAAGCACUGUUCUGUUCCUGGGGCCUGAGAGACAGCACAGCACUUGCCUUGCUUGAGGCUGACCCUGGGGACAGUGCUGGGUCCUGGAGGUCCCAGCGCCUCCAAGCUGUCCAGGAAAUCCGUCACCAGGGUCGGGCUCUGCUGAGACUGCAGGCUGCAGGCCAGGAGUCCCCCAACCACCCCCUGCCCCAGCUUCCCAAAUACUGCGGUAUCCCCCAAAAGCCCACUCUGGUUUUCUCCAAAUAAAAACAUGUUUUACACUGGUGCUGAAUUUUCCUCCUUGCACUGAAAUACUGAAGACUACUAGAAAAAUCAGACCUCGUUCUCUGUAGUGUGAUAUUCACAAAGUCUUGGAAAUUAUUUACAUGCUCUUUCAGGUUGAACUUACUUGGCACAAUGAUAAUUUGCUGAUCCAUGAGAAUACUGCACUUUAAGUUUUCAAAGACUCAGAUAUGAAAAAUUCAAUAUUUUUGUAUUUCUAUGAAUUGUUUUAUAUAAGUUGAAAUAUUUUUAAGGGCAUCAUAAAUUAACUAUGCAUAUCUGAAAGUGUAUUUUAAAUACGUAUUAGGAGAGGUGAAAAAUACCUAGUUGCUUUAAAUGUAAGUAAAAUCUAGAGCUGUACUUUGGUGAAUAUUUGGUAGAGCUAGUGUUUCAAAAGCAAGUUUCUGAGAAUGAGUUCAGUAUAGUAUUAUUGUUGUUUUCUGCAUUUUGCUUAUGUUCAUCAAAGAAUACUACCCAUUAAAGCUUUUUUAAAAAAGGCUACAAGUGUUUAUUUUCUUCGAUGAAUUUUUGAAUUUGCUCAUGGUGUUUAACAUAUUCCAUUUACAUGACUGAAUUGAUAAUGAAAUGAAGAUGAGAACAUUCUUGAUUUACUGUUUUUAUUCAUGUGUGGUAUUGGUUCUAUGACCUUUAUUUUUUUUUAAGACUAGCCUUAACUUUAAGGCUGGCCUUAAUUUAGGGCCCGAGAUGGAUGCAACUCAGUGGUAAGUGUACUUGCUUACGUGAAAGAGGUCUUAGAUUCCAGCUCUGCACUGCAGAACAAAUAAAUGAGUAAAUGGAGAAAUUUCUUUAGUUAUUCUUUAACACAAAUUCCACAAAAAGACCCUGAUCCUCUUUGGGGAUAGUUGUCUG